GCGCGGAGAUCUGCCCCUAUUCUGUGUGUUCGCGGCACGGGCUGGCCAUCGCCUCGCACAGCGUGUGCCUGACCCGGCUCCUGAUGGCGGCCGCUUUCCCGGUGUGUUACCCGCUGGGCCGCCUGCUGGACUGGGCGCUGCGCCAGGAGAUCAGCACUUUCUACACCAGGGAAAAGCUGCUGGAGACGCUGCGGGCCGCGGACCCCUACAACGACCUGGUGAAAGAGGAGCUCAACAUCAUUCAGGGCGCCCUGGAGCUGCGCACCAAGGUGGUGGAGGAGGUGCUGACCCCGCUGGGCGAUUGCUUCAUGCUGCGCUCCGACGCCGUGCUGGACUUUUCCACCGUGUCCGAGAUCCUGCGCAGCGGCUACACUCGCAUCCCCGUGUACGAGGGCGAUCAGCGGCACAACAUUGUGGACAUUCUGUUUGUCAAGGACUUGGCCUUCGUGGACCCCGAUGACUGCACCCCACUCCUCACCGUCACCCGCUUCUACAACCGGCCCCUGCACUGCGUCUUCAAUGAUACUCGGCUGGACACGGUGCUGGAGGAGUUUAAGAAGGGAAAAUCUCACCUGGCCAUUGUCCAGCGGGUGAAUAAUGAGGGAGAAGGGGACCCCUUCUAUGAGGUGAUGGGCAUUGUCACACUGGAGGACAUCAUAGAGGAGAUCAUCAAGUCAGAGAUCCUGGACGAAACUGACCUCUACACCGACAAUCGGAAAAAGCAGAGGGUCCCGCACCGGGAGAGGAAGCGACAUGACUUCUCCUUGUUUAAGCUUUCUGACUCGGAGAUGCGAGUGAAGGUCUCCCCACAGCUUCUGCUGGCCACACACCGCUUCAUGGCCACAGAAGUGGAGCCCUUUAAGUCUCUGUACCUUUCGGAGAAGAUCCUACUCCGGCUCCUGAAACAUCCCCACGUGAUCCAGGAGCUGAAGUUUGAUGACAAGAACAAGAAAGCCCCGGAACACUACCUCUACCAGCGCAGCCGCCCCGUGGACUACUUUGUGCUGCUGCUCCAGGGGAAAGUGGAGGUGGAGGUUGGUAAGGAAGGCCUUCGCUUCGAGAAUGGAGCCUUCACCUACUAUGGUGUCCCAGCCAUCAUGACCACUUCUUGCUCAGAUAAUGAUGUGCGGAAGGCGGGAAGCCUGGCUGGAUCCUCUGCCUUUCUGCCCAUGUCUGUGUCUCGUACCUUCGCCUUCAGCAGAGGGGACUCUCUGGCAGGCUCGCCAGUAAACCGCUCCCCUUCACGCUGUAGCGGGUUGAACCGCUCCGAGUCUCCCAACCGUGAGCGCAGUGACUUUGGGGGCAGCAACACCCAGCUGUGCAGUAGCAACAACCUCUACACUCCUGACUACUCAGUCCACAUCCUCAGCGACGUGCAGUUUGUAAAGAUCACACGGCAGCAGUACCAGAAUGCGCUCACCGCCUGCCACAUGGACAACUCACCCCAGUCCCCCGACAUGGAGGCCUUCACUGACGGAGACUCCACCAAGGCCCCCACGACCCGGGGCACACCCCAGACCCCCAAGGAUGACCCUGCUGUCAUCCUCCUAAACAACAGGAACAGCCUGCCAUGCAGCCGCUCCGAUGGGCUGAGAAGCCCCGGCGAGGUCGUGUACCUGAGGAUGGAGGAGAUGGGCUUCACCCAGGAGGAUAUGACAGACUUCCAGGAGCACAGCACACAGCAGCUCUCGGUGUCUCCUGCAGCCAUUCCCACAAGAGCAGCAUCAGAUAGUGAAUGUUGUAAUAUCAACCUGGAUACAGAGACCAGUCCCUGCAGUAGUGACUUUGAGGAAACCAUGGGCAAGAGGCUGCUGAGAACCUUGAGUGGUCGAAAAAGGAAGAGGUCACCCGAUGGAGAGAGAGCCUCUGAGGAGAACUCCAAUUUAACACCUCUCAUUACAUGAUGGGCAGACAACUUUUGCUGGGUGUGUGACAUUCCAGAGCUUUGGGGGAGAACCCACCCUCCUGUCAUCUGCUUCUCCCCAAGGCCUCCCACAGGUGACAGAGCAUUCUGCUUCCCUCGCCACCUCUUCACCCCUAACUGUCAGUUUGGCAGACUUUCCCUCAUCGCCUCCAGUUGGACUCAGAGCCUGCGGUGGCCAAGAUGGAAGGAGGUGCCUCGAGUGGAACAUGCUAGAAAUGGCCUCGUCCACAGCACAGCCUGGGACUGGAGAAGACAUGACUCCAGGCUGACAAUACCACUCUGGGACCCCUAAUGCCCUUUUUGUUCUUUGAGAUCCCCUGAUGCCAUAUUUCAUGCGUAGCUUAGCUCAGAAGGUACCGCUGACAGGCACAGCGGAGGCUGGAGCAGCAAGCGUGACGGUGUGUUCAGAAGAUGCACCAAGAAUUCCUCCAGAACUUCAGGGCAGUGGGACUCAGCCAUGUGGGCAUGACAUUACAAUACAGAAAACUGUUGGUGACCAGUUUUCUGUUAGAUAAGGGCUCCAGCAGCCUGGGAACUGGGUCUCAGCUGGAGUGGAAAGAAUGCCAGAUGGAACCUCAAGUCACUGAUUUUCCCAGGGACACAUCUGCUUUGGCUCCCAAUCGGCAGUUACCAAUCCAUCAAUAAAUCUGCUCUGGAAGAGGAGGAACCGGGAACAGAGAGACCCAGUUGGGAGCCAGAGAUGGAGCUUCAGGUUUUAAGUUCAAAUCAAAGCAAAUAUAUAUUUUCCCAUAUAUAUGUGUGUGUGUAUAUAUGGAAAAAUUCUAAGCUAUUGAAGCAAGUUUAGCCA